AUGGCUUCCCUGCAGACCAUGUUCGUAGUUCUCUCCUUCGCCGCAGCUGCGCUACAGUCUGCCAUGGCGGCAGAUAUCGUUGUAGGCGAUGAGAAGGGCUGGCUCCCAGAUUUCAAUUACACAUCCUGGGCUCAGGGCAAGCAGUUCAAGGUUGGCGACAACCUCCUGUUCGAGUACAAAGCAGGGGCUCACAACGUGAUGCAAGUGUGGGGAGUCGAAUUCGAGGCAUGCAGUGCAAGUGCAGCAGCCAUUGUUUUUGCCACCGGCAAUGACAUGGUGGCUCUCGACGCCCCAGGAAAGAGAUGGUAUAUCUGUGGGGUUGGAGAUCACUGCAGCCGGGGCCAGAAGCUUGCCGUCGACGUUCUACCAGCAGCCAUGAGUCCUGCUUCACCUCCUUCCUCACAACCUCCACCGCCACCACUUGCUCCUUCUUCACCACCUCCUUCAUCAUCCCGCUCGCCGAACAUGAUCGCAGCACGAACAUACCACGCCCUGAUGGCGGCGGCGGCGGCGGCCAUGGUCGCUGCGGCAUGA